AAUCUUACGUCGUCUGGCGUCGGCCGAACUUAUUUAAGUAAGCGUCGCCGUCUUCGCCUCCCAGUCGCGGGAGUUCAUUGGAGUAGACCCUUUCGACACAAUGGCGGAUAAAGAAAAGAAGGUUAAGAAGAAGAAGAAGGAAGAGGCGCCUGCCGAGGCCGCGCCCGCACCCGCCCCCGCUCCGGCCGAGACCAGGAGCUCGUCGAAGGGCUCUUCCAAGAAGGCCAAACGCUCUGGAUCCAAUGUCUUCUCCAUGUUCUCCCAGUCUCAAGUGGCCGAGUUCAAGGAGGGCUUCCAGCUCAUGGACCACGACAAGGACGGCAUCAUCAGCAAAGCCGACUUGAGGGCGACCUUCGACGCCGUCGGUAAGCUCUCCAACGAGAAGGAGCUCGACGAGAUGAUCAACGAAGCACCUGGACCAAUCAACUUCACCCAGUUGUUGGGUUUGUUCGGCAACCGCAUGCAAGACUCCGGCGGCACCGACGACGAUGACGUCGUAGUAGCGGCGUUCAAAUCCUUCGACGAAGGUGGCACCAUCGACAGCGAAAGGUUCAGGCACGCGCUGAUGACCUGGGGAGACAAGUUCUCCGCCAAGGAGGUCGACGAUGCCUUCGACGCCAUGGAGAUCGACGACAAGGGCAGGAUUGACACAACGGCUCUUAUCCAGCUCUUGACCGCCGCUCCUGAGGACGAAGGCGAAGGAGAAGCCGCCUAAAUGCAACACUCUAUCAUCAUCGUAUCAAUCAUCUCGUCGUAACUGCAGUUAUUUUCUCAUUUGAAACAAUGUCACUGAUGACAUUUCUUCCAUCAUCAUGUUGAGCUCACCACAAGAUGUAAAUCGUGCCAUUUUGUACAAGUCGUACGCCUUUUUGGUUCAUGUACGUCGCGAUGACAUCUGCGACUGUUUAAUAAAUCAUUAAUUUUA